AUGAUAGAAGAUCUUGCCGCGUUCCAAUCGGCUCUUUUACCAUGGCUCGUCGUCGGUGCGGUCAUCGCUUUCAUUCUUGCGUUUGCCAUUGGUGCAAAUGACACAGCCAAUUCGUUCGGUACCAGUGUGGGCAGCAAGGUCGUCACUCUUACUCAGGCCUACAUUCUUGCCAGCGUUUUCGAAACACUUGGAGCAUGUCUUCUUGGGCAUAAAGUGACGGACACGAUGCGUAAGGGAGUGAUUGAUCUUGCCGUUUACAAUAACAGUGAGCUCGAACUCAUGUAUGGACAAAUCUCCAUCCUGUCUGGUUGCGGUGCAUGGAUGUUGCUUGCCACUUUUUUCAAGCUUCCUGUGUCCACAACGCAUUCAAUUGUUGGUGCUACUAUUGGAUUCUCUAUGGUGCUGAAAGGCACUGAGGGUAUCCGCUGGAAUAAGAUCUCGCGCAUUUUUGCGUCUUGGAUUGUCUCACCUCUUCUGUCCGGUAUUGUAUCAGUUGUAUUCUUCGUGAUAAUCGAUCAUUUUGUUCUUAGAAGGAGCCGUCCUCUUGCUAGUGGCCUUAAUAUUUUGCCGGUGCUGUAUUUUGCUUGUAUGACUUUCAACAUUUUCGCUAUUAUAUACGAAGGAUCUGAGUUUUUGUACUUUGAUCGACUGAGCCUGAAAUACUGUAUAUUCAUAUCCUGCGUUGGCGGUGUAAUUUCUGCAAUUGUUGCAAAGUUUGUUAUAGCGCCAUGGCUGAAACGGAGCAUACUGGCUCGCGCAGAUCUGGAGUCAAACAACACCAAUGAAUUGAAUGCAGUCAGUGCUCAAAAAGCGGCUCUUCUCGAAUUUGAAAGUGGAGGACCUCUCAAGGAUAAAGAUAUGAAGAACAGUGGUACAUCUGGACAUGCUUUAAAUGCAGUUGCUCCGUCAUCAUCUGUCGCCUCCUUCUUUCGCUCUUCGAAACCCGAAGAUCCGCAGGCAUCUCUCCUUUUCUCGCUUCUCCAAGUGAUGACAGCCUGUUUUGGAGGGUUCGCUCAUGGUGGCAAUGACGUCAGUAACGCCAUUGCUCCUCUCGUCAGCCUGUACGUCAUCUAUCAGGAAGGCUCAUCGGCUCAAACACUGCAUACACCAGGAUAUCUUUUGUUCUACGGAUCAGUUGGCAUGUGUAUCGGUCUGUGGACGUUGGGCCAUCGUGUUAUUUAUACAGUGGGUGAAAAUCUCACAAAAAUUACUCCUCCGAGUGGGUUUGCAAUCGAGUUUGGAGCAGCAGUGACUGUUCUCGUGGCCUCUAAACUAGGCCUUCCAAUAUCCUCAACACAAUGCAAAGUUGGUUCUGUUGUGGCAGUUGGUCUGGUACAAGCGAGUCACUCUGUCCGUUGGGUUACAUUCCGCAAUAUCUCACUCAGUUGGAUUGUUACACUGCCCGUUGCUGGGUUGCUCUCCGCCGGUGUUAUGGGCCUAUUUCGCGCAGUCGUAUUGUAG